AUGUCGAUCAUCAAACAAAUAAUUGUCAAAUUAAAACAAGUUAAUUUAUUCGGUGACAUAGAAACAAUACGUAAUGGAGAUAAACAAGCAUUGCGAAAUGAAGUAUUGUCAACACGAGUUUAUAUUAUUCUCUUAUUAACAAUUCUCUGUGUUCUUUUCGUCUCAAUAAUUUUUCUGGAAAGAACUACUUCGAUAACAGAAUCAAAGCCUUCAUUAAUUUUAUUUGAACAAUUACAAAGUAAAUAUCCAGAUACAUUAUUAUGUCCCUGUCGACAAGUGGCUGUAUCAUAUUCAUCCUUUCUCUCCAUCUCUGCAAUAUUUCAUCAGAUAUGUUCAAGUGAUUUUAUAUCAUUUCAAUGGAUCGCAUCAUUGUUCGAUUCCGAAACUUCGCGUAUUACUCCAUUGGAUUUUCGUCUCACAGCUGCUGUUCAAUUUCGUUUACUCUCAUUAUUUUGUACUUCAUCAAUGUCAAUGAUAAAUGAAAUUCAAAACGAUUUUCUCAAUGGAAAACUUGUGAGCGCCCAUACUUUAUUACACGCCUCUUUCGAUACUCAAGUGAAAUCCAUUGUGGACAAAUUCUAUGCAACACUCUUUAUGUCAAUAACACCCAGCAAAGCGGCUGACAUGAUCAUGCUCACCAUUACUAAUAGUGGUAUUCAAUCAGCUCUUCAUAAUAAUGAAUUUACAUUGAGUAUACCCGGUUCGAAUCAAUUUCAAACUGUUACCAACUUUUAUCCUCGUUAUGCCAAUGCUACAUUCACAAAUAUUUCACAAGAAAACUUUGCCUUCUGUAAUCCAUUCAGCGUUGUAACAUAUCCAGCAGGUAUUUAUGCUUGGGGAAAAGAUCAACGAUCACUUGUCGAAAUGAUGAGUCCACAACCAUCAGCUUUAUUUCAUAUAAAAGGAAUGUAUGUCGGAUGUGAACCGUUCGAUUCGAUCGAAGAAAGUACACUCGAAUGUUUUUUUGAUCCUGUCUGUGUUAAUCNGAUUUCACAAGAAAACUUUGCCUUCUGUAAUCCAUUCAGCGUUGUAACAUAUCCAGCAGGUAUUUAUGCUUGGGGAAAAGAUCAACGAUCACUUGUCGAAAUGAUGAGUCCACAACCAUCAGCUUUAUUUCAUAUAAAAGGAAUGUAUGUCGGAUGUGAACCGUUCGAUUCGAUCGAAGAAAGUACACUCGAAUGUUUUUUUGAUCCUGUCUGUGUUAAUCUCACCACUCAAUUGAUUUCGAAUCUGCCAAUCAAUACUUGGCCUAAACCUCUGAAUAGCUCAAUACCAUCACGUUUUCUGCAAAACGACAAAGUUUCUCUUAUCUUUGACAAUUUAAUGGUUGAGCAAUGGAUUACUAUGAAAAAUUUCUCAAAUUAUUACAUUGCUUGUGAACCACUUCAAUGUACUUAUACGUUCACACAGCGUAAUGAAUUUAUCUAUGUGAUUACUUUGUUAAUCGGUUUGUACGGUGGUCUCACAGUCGUUCUGCGCAUUUUAGCACCAUUUAUCAUUAAACUUGGUCAUAUUGUCUACACAUACUUCACGAAAAGAAGUGAUCCACAGCCUCGACCUCACUCUCAACAAAUACAAUCAGAAAAAUGGUAUACUCGCAUCAUUGAAAAACUAAUUCUUAUCAAAACGAAUAUUGUUUCCCUGAAUGUAUUCAAGGAUGACUUAAGUGAUCAACAGAUUGGAAUUCAUGCAACACGUGUUCAUCUGACUCUGGUAGUCAUCAGUGUGAUGGUUCUCGCAUUUUACUCAUCUCUGACAGUUCAUACUCGCACAGUAACAGUUUUGUCACCAUCGUCGACAACUUUCGAAGGUCUUUACAACAAUUAUCCUGUAACACUUUCCUGUCCAUGUUCACAAGUAUCUAUACCUAAUAGUGAAAUGAUCACUAUAUCGACUCCUCGUUAUCAUCAGAUUUGCACGAGUAUGUUCUUGGAACCAGUUUGGUUCGAUGGUUAUUUUACGAUAAGAUUUGUCAAUAGUUCAGAAACUUAUUCUUUACCACUAACUGAUAUGCGAAUGAAUGGAAUUUACUCGUUUGGCAAUUAUCUUACUAUUUGUCAAAUUGCAAAUGAUACGAUCACCAAAGCGACAGCUGUGUUUAUCAAAGAUGAAUUUGUUACCGCUCAAGCACUUUCACGAUUGGAGUUCAAAGCACGACUAGAACCAGUUAUUUCCACGUUUAAAGUGCGUACCACGCAGAUUUUUGCCAUGCUGACAGCAUUGAUGCGCAUUUUUCUUGCCGGAACUGGAGUGGAGAGUGGAAUGACGUAUCAAUCAUUAGUGAUAAACGGUACAUCAUCGAUUCGUCGUUAUUCUCCAGCACCUGCCAGCUUGGAUGCAUGCGCUUGCAGUGUGUCACUCGACUGUCCAGGACCCGCCGGUUAUUUUUUCUGUGUAAAAGGAAAUAAUUGUACAGCGGGUACCAGUGUUUGGGCCACACCUGGUAUUCGUAGUUCAUGUCUCAGAAUAGGUGGAAUGCUUAAUACUGAUUUACGUUGCUUUUUCGAUCAAACAUGUCUCGACACAGUUCGCUCUUUGUACAAUGUUGAUAUGCCGACACGACUUCCAUUAUCAGCUGCUACGCUGGCUGUUCCCGUUCUUAACAGUUCGAUUUCAUCACGAUUCUCACCAAAUGAUUCCUUUGGUACAAUAUUAGAUCAACUCAUGGUGGAUGAGUGGAUCAUAGAGGGUAACUUUGAAGGCUACUACAAAAUCUGUGCACCGCCUGCCUGUACAUAUACUUAUUCUCAACGGUUAGACGUUUUCUACGUAGCUGCAACCAUUACUGGUCUUAUCGGUGGUCUCAUCGUCAUCUUUCGUCUCAUUAUUCCUAUGGCUGCACGAAUUGUACACUGGCUAUUAGCUUAUUGCCGCAAACGUCAUAUUAAUAAUAUUGAAGAACAAUCAGAUCAACAACAUCCAAUAGGUCGUGCACCGAUUAAUAUCAAACAGAAACUGAUUAUGAUGAAUCUAUUUAAAAAAGAAAGUUCUCUUAGUCAAAUAGAGAAUGUGAAUCAAGUGGCCAUCGUAGCAUCUCGACUCUAUCUCAUGUUACUCAUUAGCAGUGUGCUCAUACUUCUUCUCUUUGAUAGUUUAAGAGAAACAACCGUGUCUGUAACAGUAGAAUCACCUUCACUCAUUACUUUCGAACAACUGUACAAUGAAUAUGCAACGACUAUUUCAUGUCCAUGUCAACAAAUGGCAAUACCGUAUGGUGCCUUUCUUACGGUUUCACCUUCGUUUCACCAGAUAUGCACUAGCGAUUUUGUCAAAUCUUUAUGGACAACAUCACUGUACGGCUAUGGUAGUACAAUCAAUAGCUAUGCACAACUUGAUCGACCUCUUCUUAGUAGACAGCACCAACUAAUGGGCUGGCUUUGUUCAGAAAUCAAAAUAAUUGUUGAUCAUGCUAUAUCAAACUUUAAUCAAACAAUGCUGGUAACUUCUACAGCAGUGUCUCGAGCAUCAUUUGCAUCGCAAACAGUCGAAAUAAUCAGACAACUGACUGAGCAAACACCAAUGAAUUUUCGACGUUUGUUCAAUUUAAUUAUCGAGGUGUCAACAGGAGCGGUAAUUCCAUCGUUUUUUAAUACGGAUUGGUCAUUGGAAUAUGGAAAUCUUUCUAACGAUUAUUUGUUACGCAGUGUGCCACGAAAAUUCACCAACAGCACCUGUAAUUGUGUUGUUUCCAAUGCUUGUAAUGAAUCUAUGCGAAUUGGUCCAUCUGACCUUAUUUUGCCUGGUCUUGUUGUCGGUUGUUGGCCUAUCCAUGGUUUACGCAUGUCAACAUUAGAAUGCUUCUUUUCACAAAGUUGCGUUAACACGAUUAUUAAUUACCUCGACUAUUAUACACAAAUGGACGGAUCACCACCUGUCAAUUUCACUUUACCCAAUGAACCUUCUUUAGUUAUGAAUCCAUUAAAUAAGUCAAUAUCUUCACAUUUUGCUCCUAAUACCACAAUUGGUACAUUAAUUGACGAAAUUUUCAUAGAGCAGUGGACUAGUUCAAGUAUCUACGACAAUUACUAUACUGCCUGUAGGCCAAGUAUAUGUCGGUACGAAUACGUUCAAAAAAAUAAUGCAUUAUAUGUGAUCACAUCAUUACUUUCUGUCUAUGGUGGACUUACUGUUGGUUUAAAAUUUCUUGUUUGGAAUGGCAUAGUACUUUAUCGAUUCAUAAAAAACCAUAUACAAACUCGUCGUACAACUGUUCAACCAUGGAUAAUUCAGGAUUGA